AUGACGGACGAUACUCUCUUGGUCGAUACUUCCGUUCCAACGAGGUGGCAGAGUGGACCGAGGCUGAUGUCGACUAGUCUUGUGUGGACUGGACCGAGUACGUUGACGGAGACUUACGAUAUGCGAACAACGCGGGAUGGGUGCCCGGUGACGGCACUUCAUAGCAUUCUGCUGGGGCCAUAUCCGUCUGACAUUCAGAUUCUGCCUUGUUUGGCGACAACAAAAUUCGCACUAGAUUCUGCCGCGACAGCUACAGCAGACCCUACGACAAUUACCACCCGACUUGUCGAGCAGACCGAGCCAACAGUCAGCCCGGUCGUUGAUCAGAAUCAGACGAAGGGCUCAGAUCAGGUCCCUUUCCAGGCUCUUUGGGGGCUGCUCGCAGCCAGCGGAGUCCUGAUCAUCAAUGCCAUCCUGGUGAUCCUAUGGCUCGACUGGCGCCGUCACAAGCAGAACAGAGCGGAUGUCGAAGACUUACCAGCAGAUCAAACGAGCACGGACUACCCCGAGCAAUUUCAAGCAUUUCCCAAAGAAAUCGGGAGCGAAGAUAGCAUCGAUCAGCUGUCGCGGGAGGUGGUCAAUGAGGACCGAGGGCUCCAGGGGAACAGUCCUGGACACUUAACUCUACCAAACCAUACGCGAUCCCAUCCAGCGUUGCGUGAUCGAGAUGUUCACAUGGAGCACGAGACGAUGGAGGCGAGAGAGAUCCAGCCUCAGUCUGGUUCCGCUGAAUUGAGACAGCUUCGAGUUGAACAGGAGAUGACGCUUGCAGAGUUGCUGCCACCGAUGUUCCGGAGGUCAUCAAUGGAGUCUUUCCGCUCUGACGUAUCAUCGUUGAUGCAUCCGCCUCAGCUGCGGCGAGGGACGGGCCAUGACUUCGACCCUUCUUCACCUUCGGAAGCUGAGUGGCGAGACAUGGAAAUGUGCUCGAUGUCGCCUGUGUCGCCUCUCGGCGAGCAUGAGGGUCUCAUGUCCCGGAUUGAGUGCACGAAGAAGUAG